GCUGCAGCGCUAUACGCUGUCACACGCCCCUCGGCGCUGAUUGGCCGACUGCGCACAGGGAGGAAGCGGCCGCGGAGGGGACGGCGCGGUGACGUGACAGGGGCGUGUGCGGGCCGCGAACUCCCGUGGGACCGGCCGGCAGGGGAGAGAUGAGGAUGCGGCGUCCGGCCCGGCCGUCCUAGCAGCGGCCUCGCACGUCUCUCAGCCCCCGCAGCGCCAUGGGGAACACGGUCAGCUGCUGCGUCUCCCCGGGCGCCAGCCCCAAGCUGGGCCGUGCCCGCGGGAUGCCGGAGCGCCCCGACCCCUACCAGGUGGAAGUGGAGCUGAGCGAGGCGGAGCCCGGCCCGCACCUGCAGCACAUCAGCGACCGGGAGCUGCCCGACGACCUAGCACCGGAGUCUAACCCGUCUGACCACGCCAGAGCAAGCACAAUAUUCCUCAGCAAAUCCCAGACCGAUGUGAGAGAAAAGAGGAAGAGUAACCACAUAAAUCACCAGGUCUCUCCGGGACAGCUGACCAAGAAGUACAGCUCUUGUUCCACAAUCUUCUUAGAUGACAGCACAGUCAGUCAGCCUAACCUCAGAAGCACAAUAAAAUGUGUUACCUUAGCAAUAUAUUAUCACACAAAGAACAGGGACUCUGACAGAUCCUUGGACAUAUUCGAUGAGAAGCUGCACCCCCUAACGCGUGAAGAGGUGACCGACGAUUACUGCAAACAUGACCCGGAACACAAGCACAUCUACCGAUUUGUACGCACGCUCUUCAGCGCCGCCCAGCUUACGGCAGAGUGCGCCAUUGUCACUUUAGUUUACCUGGAAAGGCUCCUGACGUAUGCAGAGAUUGAUAUUUGCCCCAGUAACUGGAAAAGGAUCGUGUUGGGGGCAAUUCUCCUGGCCUCCAAGGUUUGGGACGAUCAGGCAGUGUGGAAUGUGGAUUACUGUCAGAUCCUGAAGGAUAUUACUGUAGAAGACAUGAAUGAAAUGGAGAGACACUUCCUGGAGCUGCUUCAGUUCAACAUAAACGUCCCUGCCAGCGUCUAUGCCAAAUACUACUUUGACCUGCGUUCUCUGGCGGAUGACAAUAACCUCAGUUUUCUCCUGGAGCCGCUCAGCAAUGACAGGGCACAGAAGCUAGAGGCUAUCUCCAGGCUCUGCGAAGAUAAGUACAAAGACCUCUCCAAAGUUGCCAUGAGGCGGUCAAUCAGCGCUGACAACUUAGUGGGCAUUCGGCGUACUAAUGCCAUCAUCUCCUGAGGCAACCUCCAGCUGCAGCUUCAGCGCGCGGCAACGGUUACCCCAGCACCAUCCAGCUUCCCACACACGUUUUCAAGCCAGCAGGAGGGUUGCAGGGGGGGGAGUCACGGGACAGUGAACCCAGAGACGCCGCAAAGCCCCCAUCCUAGAGACUAAGGGGCACACGUCAUGGUGAAGCAGGAGAGGGUGUAAUAAGAAGGAGCACAGAAUAACCAGCGGGGUGGCAGACACUAAACCCACCCUCCGUUGUCCCUCCACUACCUACAUUUGUAUGCUUACUGUGUAGGCCUAUAGCUGUGAACCGAGACUUUUUAACACUAUAUAGUUUGACAUAGUAGACGCUAAAACACUAAUCGUGUGAGUGUAGUUACAUUUUUAUUGGCCCUUUUUGUUCUGCAAUUAUCCCGCAGUGUUAUUACAGACCCUUUUUUAUUUUAUUUUUUUUAGUUGUCGAAUACAAAUCCUUUUUUUUUUCUUUUUCUUCUAAAGCUUCUGAAGAAGUUUGAGGGUCUGCAAUCUGUAAUUCAAUCCGUAUGCAAUGCUCCGUCUGUCACUGGCCCACCAGCACAACACGCCACAAAACUGUUUCUUAUGAUGGUCACUGUCCAAAGAAAUGAUGUGUAUUUUUGGAACAAACCGACUUGAACUACUGUAGUUAAUGGUGCUCCCUCUCCCCGAAAAAGUGAUGCGUUACAAGACGCUGCAAAAAAUGACAAACUUCUGAGGAUUUUUUUUUUCCGUUUUACGCCACUUUCCGCGUCUCGGUGAUGUAACAGAUGUAUUCCGUGCACUACCCGCUGUUCUGUUGGCGUUGCUUUAGUGUGAUCUGUUUCUCUGAACUAAGGGUUACGGCCCGUCACCAUCACACUCCCGCUUGGCGUCUACGGAUUACGGAAGAUCUCUACAAUUCUGAUUACCUCGGACCUCCCAUCCUCGACGUCUGUGACCUGUCGCAUGUGGCCGUGCUGCAGUGUCUUAAUGCUGCGUGAUCAUUCAUGUUUGGGUCCCACGGUGAAAGGCGACGUGUUGCAGCUACAAGAUCCGCUGUAUAUAAUGUCUGUGUUCUGCUGUCGUUUUCUAUGAGCAUUACAAUUUCAACAAAACCGUAUGGGGGGGGGGAAACCCUGCUUGCUAGAUCUUUAUAAACUGUCCCAUACCUUGCGGUAACAUGGAUAGGUGUGUAUGCCAAAGGAUACAAUUGUUUUGGGAACACGGUGUAGUCGACUGUUACUUCUGAUCCGGUGAGAAGUCGGACCCCUCCAGAUGAGUGGCGCGCGCCCCCUUUUAAGUUUUAAUAAAAUAUAAAACUUAAGUUGACUUUGCAUCCCAAAGUCAACUUAGCCUGUAGUUGCCUCUUUAUAAAGGUUAGUGCAUUAGCCGUAAACCUUUUAUUUAGUGGCCUCUAUGAUACAGAAGGUCUCCUUCAAAAGUCAAACCAUUUUAAGAUUUCUAACCAUUGUCGGCUAACACAAAUACCUAUUCUUUUAAUGCCAAUAAAUGAUGACCUAUUGAAUGUUGGUUUCUACACACAGUUUCUUUUUCCAGGAAAUAUUCCUAUUUGCCUCCUCUCAUCUUAUUUCAUCACACCCUCUCCAGCUUACAGCAACCAAAAUGUUACUCCGUAUGUAUAAUUACCGUGCACGUAAUACGCAGCAGAAUGCUGGUGUGAAUGAUCCAGGUAUUGCAUUGGUCAGUAAGAAGCAGAACACAGCUACUCAUUUAAUUGUGCAGGUCAUGGUGGAGUCCUAAGUACUUUCAAUAGGGAUCCAUUCAAAAUGGGAAGCCAGUGCUUUUUGCAUGAGGGAAGACUGUUCAUUUUGCUAUGAAGCCGAAAUUUUCCCAAAGUUGUAUGUUAAACCCUGUCCAGCUGUAACUGCUCUAAGUCCGCCUGUCACAGAAGUCAUUUUGGGGACCAGAUUUGAAUCCUGUAUCAGAAAGCUUUGUCACCACUCCGAUAAUGAGAAAGCUACUUUUAAAAUCCAUUUUACUUUUCAUUCUUUCCUGUAUAUCCCCCAAUAUUGUUAAUAUGUCCAGUUGACUGUGCUACAACCAGGCCACAUGUAUGGAAAUAAGCCCAGAUUGGAUGGCUGCAAUGUUUCUUUAAAUGUGCACCGAGGUUUGUUUGUUUUUCUUUUAAAUCUAUCCAUUGACUUUUGUAAAGUAUAAGGUUUUUUCCUAAAAUUCUACUUUGGCGUGUGCAAAAGGCAAGGGCUGUCUGCUUAUUUCGUCAUACAAACAUGACGCUGACAUUUCACAUGAGGUCUUGUCUUAGAUGUAAAUUAAAUGAUUUCUCGCCUCUUUAAACAUUAUAACACAAUGGUUUGGGUGACAGGAUUACAUUAAUACAGUCAUCACCUGGGGGGGGGGGGGGGUAUAUUGGGGCUCGGUCGUUCGCAUCUUGGCCUUAAUUUACAAAGUGGCAUCGCAGAGUCUCUGGUUUUGGACGCUGGAUUUUAAGGGGCUACAAUACUGAACAAAAAAAAACCACUUCUGUUUUCUGUAUUUAGGGGCCCAUUUAUCAAUGAGUGAUCAAAUUCAUUGCAUAUGAUCAAUGGUGCUCCAGCCAAUCGGCUCCCAUCUGUCAUUUUUCAAACACAUGACAGUUGGGAUCUGGUUGGCUGGCGCACCAUGUAUCAUACGCAACGAGUUUUAUCAUUCACAGCGAGAUUUAUUAUUCGUUGAUAAAUGAGCCCGUUAAAAGUAAAAGUGACGCUUGGUAAAAUUUGCUCCCCCUCCUUAUUUUUAUGGAACUGUGGCUCAUACGGAGGGGCAAAGCAGGCUACAGUAUUAGUUUUAUAAUUCUAGCGCGGUUAUCCUCUCUGCGCGGCGUUGUGUAGCAGGGGGUCCCAAAAACAAAUCGGUUUAUUCUGAAACUAAUGCUACGUUUUCAGGUGGAUUUGCUUUCUCAUGUUUAUAUUCAAAAAUAAUAAAUAAAAGCUAAUAAACUCUCUAUU